AUGAGACAAGCUACUUUUUCAUCACCAGAAGAUGCUUCGCAAUACUUGGCCGAUUACAUCAUGCACAGAAUCAAAAGCUUCAAGCCGACACCUUCUAGGCCAUUUGUUCUUGGCUUGCCAACCGGGUCUUCACCAGAAGGGAUCUAUGCUCGAUUGAUUGCUGCUUACAAAGAAGGAAGAAUUAGUUUUAAAAACGUUGUCACAUUCAAUAUGGAUGAAUAUUUGGGCUUGACUCCCCAAAACCCACAAUCAUAUCAUUACUUUAUGUAUGACAAAUUUUUUAACCACAUUGACAUACCUAGAGAAAAUAUCAAUAUAUUAAAUGGGUUGGCCGAGAAUGUCGAUAGGGAAUGUGCCAAUUAUGAAGCCAAGAUUAAGAAAUAUGGCAGAAUUAACUUAUUCCUUGGAGGAUUAGGACCUGAGGGCCACUUGGCGUUCAACGAAGCCGGUUCAACUAGAGAUUCAAAAACUCGAAAAGUCGAUCUUGUCGAGUCUACAAUCAAAGCCAAUUGCAGGUUUUUUGACAAUGAUGAAUCGAAAGUUCCCAAACAUGCCCUCAGUGUUGGUAUUUCAACCAUUUUGGAUAACUCUGAUGAAGUGUCGAUUAUUGUGUUAGGUGCAAACAAGAAAUUUGCUUUGGACAAGACAAUUAAUGGCGCAAAAAAUGAUCCAAAAUACCCAUCGAGCUACUUGCAAGAUCAUAAGAACGUAUUGAUUGUGUGUGAUAAUGCUGCUGCUGGAUUAAAAUCAAAGUUAUAG